GCUUUUUGCAAAUUUAUUUUUCUCGAUGUUUUGCCUGUAUUAAGUUUCGUUUGAACUUGCUCCCCGGGGUUUUUGCUAUUACUGAACCCGCAUAGCAUUGCCUAAAUAUGCAUGUGAGGACUGGAAAUAAUCUUGAAUUUAGAAUAUUAGCAUGAAAACAAGGGGAUGCGAAUGAAUCACUUAAUUAGAGCAAACCACGUGACUGCAGGUUUGUCCUCCGGUCAUAAGAACAGGUGGUCGCAGUGAGCUGAAGUACAGUUCAAACUAGUACACACACUGCUGGUAUACUCAUUGUUUUAUUAGCUAUAUUUGUUCGAUGCCUGGUUGCGUUAUAGGCAAAAGUUUACUGUCAGAAUCUGAUAUAUUACAGUAAGUUAGAGUACAGUUAUUUUAAACUUGCUGUGUGAGAUUUUUUCGUCACUCAAUGAAGGUGGAGGAAGAUCUGCGGAGCGGCGGGACGGUAAGCAGCGGUCGAGGCGGCAAUGACUGCUGUAUUACCAGACUGCUGAGCGUCGUGGAGAGCGAGUUACAGGCCGGCCGAGAGAAGGGAGACCCGACUGAGAAACAGCUCAAAGUCAGCCUGGAAGAUGCUGAACUCUGGAGGAAAUUUAAAGAAGUCACUAAUGAGAUGAUUGUGACCAAGAACGGCAGGAGGAUGUUUCCAGUUCUGAAGGUCAGCGUGACGGGUCUGGAUCCCAAUGCCAUGUAUUCGUUCCUUCUGGACUUCACCCCUGCAGACGGGCACCGCUGGAAGUACGUAAACGGAGAGUGGGUCCCGGCGGGCAAACCUGAGCCUCACAGUCACAGCUGUGUCUACAUCCAUCCCGACUCCCCCAACUUCGGCGCACAUUGGAUGAAGGCUCCGGUGUCCUUCAAUAAAGUCAAACUGACCAAUAAACUCAACGGAGGUGGACAGAUCAUGCUGAAUUCCCUCCAUAAAUAUGAGCCUCAAAUUCACAUUGUUCGUGUUGGGGGAAGCCACAGGAUGGUGACCAACAUCUCCUUCACAGACACUCAGUUCAUCGCUGUAACAGCCUACCAGAAUGAAGAGGUGAACAACAUCUUUACAAAAUCUGAAUCAGAAUAG